AACUUUUAUCAUAACCGCCGUCAUAUGUACCUUUGAUUUUAUCUUUAUCAGACGAUGUUUUUAGAGUUUUCGUUAUAUUUCAAACGGACACACUUUUGAAUGUAUAAAUUUAGUAUUAUGUGUGAAUUUAAUAUCUAAUUAAAUAAUGAAAUCUUACACAUGGAAAUUUUGUGUUGCAAUUAUAUGCGCUUCCAGUUUGUGGACGUUUGUAGGAGCUGUAUGGAGUACAUGGAGCACGUGGUCCCCGUGCACGGCCUCAUGUGGAUAUGGUGUCCGUACACGUGAACGUACUUGCAUGUACGGGGAAUGCGUUGGAGCAAAGGAAAUGCACGCGACUUGUCUCAUAUCUGAUUGCAACGAGGAAGUUGUUACCAAAGUAUGGUCUGUCUGGGGAAAAUGGUCAGAGUGUACACGUACAUGUGGUGGUGGAAUGCGUACCCGUACUCGCACGUGCAGCACAGGUAAUACUACAGAUUGUUGCGAGUACAGUGACACGGAGUCGUGCAAACUGGAACAUACACAGACAAGAGAAUGUAUAAAUGACGACUGUCUUGGAACUUGGUCAGAUUGGCGGCCGUGGGAUUCAUGUUCCGUGCCAUGUGGCGAAGGUGUUCAGUCCCGACUCAGGGUGUGUGAACCGGCCGGCUCAGUGUGUAUUGGCGGCGGAGAGCAGUCAAGAACUUGCUAUAUUCAAUGCCCGCCGACGGAAGAAUUAAUUACUGACAUGGAUGAGACGAAGAGUUGCUAUAACAACAAUCCAUGUAAAAACAACGGAAUCUGCGCAACAAACGGGGAUCACGUGACCUGUAUUUGUCGCGGAAACUGGAGAGGACGAAAUUGUAACGACCUGUGUUUGUACGAAAAUGAUGCAGAAGGAUGUUCAAAUAAACGAGGUAUAUUUUAUGACUGCGCAAACUGCAACAAAUUCAUUGUGUGUUCACGUAAGGGAACUCUGAUAUCUAUGACAUGCACGACAGACAGAAUGUGGGAUGGAAAUGGUUGCAGGCUGGCUAACGAAACUAGAAUACUGUGUCUAGAAAACGCAAUAGAUGGGAAAUGAUAGAACUAUAUAUACCAAAGACGCGAGCGGAAAAUUGUCUUUUUCAGCAAUUUAAUAAUUACAUGUACAAAGAAAGUGUUU